AUGUCCAUGGUUGAGAUGAAGUUCAGCUACAAAAGAAGCUGCCAAGAAGCAGAAGCCCAAAAAGGCAUGCCAGCGGCACGAGGAUGGACGGCGAAGAGAAACGAAGAGAUCAAAGGCAAGAAGAAAAAGGUGAAGGCUGGAGAAAAUGACGUGGGUGCAAAGCGCAAGAAGUUGGCCAAAGAAGAAGAGAGGCUCAUGAAGAAGCAGGAGAAAAUGGAAAAGAAGAAACUGAUGUGCAACAGAUAUGUUGAUGAGAUGGACAAAGCCAGUCGCACUCAGGAGAAGGUUUUGGCAAAAAUGGAAGGCCUGCGCAAGAAACAGUCCUGCUCCCCAGAGGAACUCAACAAGCUCAGAAAAAUGGUCGACAAGCAGCACAGGGUUAUCACAGCUGAGCAGCGACAGCAACGCAGAAAUGACCGAAAAGCAGGAAACCAGAAGGCAGGCAAAUCAAAGAAAUUCAAUAUCGACAACAAGGGAUUCCCUGUAGAUGCAUCACUGUUGCAUGCUGCCCUACAGGAGCUGGAAGCCUUGGCCGAAGACUCGCCCAAUGAGGGCACAGCUGGCAUCAGCACAAGGGGUUAUGAUGCCCUCUACCUCCACGAUGUAACCUAUCCUGAUGGCUCCGAGGUGGCUCCAGGGACAGAAUUUGUGAAGACAUGGAGGGUCGCUAAUACUGGUGUGGAGCCUUGGAAUGAGAAGACAACCCUGUGCAAGUGGAGCCAGGUGCGAUUCCGGGGUUCUCCUGCUGGCUGGAAACUGAAGCCGUCCUCAAAGAAGGUGGUGUGUCCUCCCUUGGAACCUGGCCAGGAAGGAGACAUAUCCAUCACCUUCACAGCACCAAGUGAGCCAGGUUGGUAUGCCACUCAUUGGAGGUUCUGUCAGCGAGGUCGUGUGUUUGGGAACCAGAUGUGGUGCGCUAUUUACGUGGCGGAUAGAAAUGUGCGUGAGAAGCUGGAGCCAGUUCAGGGUGAAGAUGUUGCAUCUGCUGUGAGGCUCAUGCUUUCGGUAUCUCCAAAACAAUGUCUGUCGAAGGGCAGUGCUGUGAGUGAGGAGACUGUCUGUGAUAAGGAGGAAGAAGAGGAGGAGGAGGAGGAAGAGGAAGAAGAGGAGGAAGAAGGGGCCAAGGCACUAAGGAGUAGCCAGAUCAAGGGCGACCUCGAGGGUGGCAUUGUAGAGAACUACUAUGAUGCGGAGGAUCCCUUUGAGAAGGAGCUGAGAAAGAAUCUAAAGAGCUUGAGCCUUUGCACCAGUGUGAAAACUGAAGGUACUGAAGUACGACGGACAGAGCGGGAUCUCAUCUCCUUUGAGGAAGAGGCAGAAGUGGUCUCAUCAGGAACCACGACUCCAGAGAUGAUCCAGGAUAUUCCUCAGACACAUGCUGUGGUGCCGCUGAAGGAAAUGGCCAAAGAAUCUGUGGAGUCUCUGAGGGAGUCGAUGGUCGGAAAAGAGCAAGAAUCAGGAAAGAAGGAAUCUUGCAGACCCAAAGUCUUUCAGGCUGACACUCUGAGCAUCUCUAGUGGGUCCUUCUCUGAAUUAGAUUCUGAGGAUCAAGCCAUAUUGAAUGAGUCAGACACAGAAUACUCGGACAAUGAAUAUUGUCUUGUAAAUCUACCCGAGUGCUUCAAUGUUCCCUCACCAUACAAUGGUCUUGCUGAAUCAGUUGUGCAAGAUAUGCAUGAGGUAGACCGACCAGACUCGCCAGAUUUCCUAACAGCUGAUGAGGAUGACCGAACAACUGCCGUAGCCUCUGACUUGCAGGAUGACCAGGCUGAAUCAGUGGAAGGGUCUGGGGGAUCGUCAAAUAAUUCCACUACUUCUCAGGGAAGCCAUUUGUCCACUGUAGUUGAGGUAUCUCAAGAAAAGGCCCAGACUCCACCACAGGCAGAAUCAGGGAAGAAAAUGCCGAUGCCAGAUCCACCAACAGACACAAAACCCUUCAUGGAAGUCCCUGCUGAAGCCUUGAGAGCUAAUCUUGCUUACGCAGUUCAGCAGUCAUCAGGGAACAGAAGCAGUGAAGAAGGUGAAGAAUCCAAGUCCAAAGACGACACUACCUGGUCACUGAGUGCACAGGCUGCCCAUAGUGUUGUAUGUGAACAGCCAUCUUCCACCCAGCAUAAGGAUCACAGGCCACUCUCAAGAUGUAUAGAUGGCAAAGCAGCUGCCAUUGCUGCUGGAGGGACAGACUUGCCUUUGGAUCUUGUUGGUGCACUGCCAGAUGAAUUGGUCAGCAUCAUCCCGGAGGAUUUGGUGCGUGGGGCAUGGAACACUGCCCGCUCCUUCAUCACACGAAUCAACCAGGAAAUGCUAUCGCCGACUGGAACCGAUUCUCCUGAUCAAAUCUAUGCUUCCGAAGAGAGCUCAGCCCCCAAGUCAGAGCCAAAGGAAACAACUCAGAAAGAGGAACCCGUUCAGAAAGAGGAAUCUCCCUCUAAGAGACGGACUUCCCCCUUGCCGCCCCCUAUGCAGCAGCUGGAAGACAUGGGCUUUGGCAACAGAGAAGUGAAUCAACGCCUUCUCACAAAGUACAAUAAUGAUGUCUCGUGCGCUGUGGCUGAACUCAUAGUUCUCAAUUGUCAGUAAACAAAAAAUAUAUAGAUAAUUUCAUCAUCGCUUGUUACCUACUGGCUGUCACUCAGAUAGAUGGAUUGUACGUUCAUAAUUUGUCCUGACUUUGAAGAAAGAUGAUGUAGUGUUAAUUGUGAUAGGAAUUAAAGAAGUUUAAUGUUUAGUCAACAAAAGAUUUAUACGUUUAGUUAUUAUGAUUGUCGUAUUAAAUGAUAGGCGCGCAGGAAUGCUUUCUCAGAAGAUUGGAGUUUACACAUAAUAUGGUGGGACCAUGCUUGUGUAUUUGUGUUUUAUGUUACUUAUGUGUUAAGUAUUUAAAGGGAAAUACGUAGAGGGGGGAAUGCCAAGAACAUUUUAUUCUUAAAUAAAAUGAUAAUUCGUCCAGCACUUUCUUUUACGUCGUUGGAGUUGCUUUAUUGAAUAAUUCUGAGCUUCUGAAAAAAAAUUCAAUUGAUACUCUUUGCAGUUGCUUUUACGUUAAUCCAUUAUUAUUAGUCUUACUAAACACUUGAAAUUUUUCACGUCUGCAUAAGAGACUCCAGCACAAGGUUUAGUGUUAAAAUUUUGUAGCUUUUGAAGCACAACGUAGAGUAAUAGGCUGUAUGGGAAUCAUUAAUUUGAUUGUUAGUAUUGAUAUCAUUAUUAUUACUGCUAUUAUCAUUAUUAUUAUUAUUAUUAUUAUUAUUAUUAUUAUUAUUAUUAUUAUUAUCAUCAUCAUCAUCGCCAUUAU